AUGUUCAAGAAUCAGCUACGGGUAUUUCUGUCGCAGCUUGCGCUCGACAAGGCAAUUUCGGCGGCCAACUCUUCCUGCUCCACGACACCCAUUUUUGUUCACCCUACUCUACCCGGACUUUCUAGCAGUGCCAAUUACACGAUAGAUGUCCGCUCAACAACUCAUUCCCACCACUACACGGUUGAGCCCUUCCAGGUUAGCGUGAUCGAGGCCAACACCACCAGUGGCAGCAGAAUCUCUCACAACACCUCUGUCAAUGGGAAGAGAAUCACUUUUUCCCUCGACGGCCCCAAGAACGUGGUCGUACAAGUCAAUGGCAACAUUUGGGAAGUGUUACAUCUGCUGGUCAAUCCGAUCGAAACCGACGUUCCUGAUCCGAACGAUGCAAAUGUAGUAUAUUUCAGCCCCGGGCUCAACAAUAAUACUGCCGCGACGAGCCUCACCAAUGGAGAGCUUUUGAUACGGUCCGGUGAGACUGUAUACAUCGCCCCUGGCGCAACCUUUAAAGUCCCCCUUGUCUUCCAGAACGUGUCGAACUCCGAGCUCUGUGGCCGCCAAAUACUCAGCACCGGAGCACUCCGCAUCACAAGCUCACCUAACAUUUUCAUUCGAGACGCCCCCAUGCUCAACGGCAACAUUGGUUCCCAUAUGUCUACAGACAUCACGCACCGCAACGAUCAUUAUGGCGACUCUAGUAACCUGACCAUUCAUAAUGCUAUCUGUGGGCCGAUUACGCUCAUCCCAUUCCGAUCGGCACGCACGGCAACACCGAUAACCCCGAGGUCAUGGAUGGUGUCAACAUACGCAAUAUUGAUGUCCUUGACGAGCGUGAGCCCCAAAUGUGGUACCAGGGGUGUCUGGGUCAUCAAUCCAGGAGAUAGCAAUCUCAUUCAAAAUAUUUACGUUGAUGGGAUGCGCGUUGAAAGUAUCCGGCUAGAUCAAUUGAUCAACAUGCGUGUGAUGAACAAUACCAAGUAUAAUACGUCGCCUGGGCGAGGAAUUCGCAAUGUAUAUAUCAAGGAUUUGUCGUAUGAGGGGCCAAAUGAGAAUCCUUCAAUGAUGCUGGGAUAUGACGAAGACCGAACUAUCUCCAAUGUUGCAUUCGAGAAUUUGGGUGUCAGAUAG